AAAAAAAAAAAAAAGAGACAGAGACGAAGAAAUUGGCGAUAUCGGCAAUCGGCGUGUUGUCUGGGCACUCCGGUACGUGCAAGUGUGCGGAGCAUUUACACAACAGAAAACGGAGAGCACCAGCGUUGAAUACAUUAUUGUUUUGUCGUUGUAGCCGAGGAGAAAAACCCUUGUGUUUUUUUUUUUCCACCCUCAUCUCGUUCGCGUUGAGAUUGUGUACACCCCAGAAGAGUGGCAUCGUGUUUGUGUGUAUUUAUGUGCGAGGGGCCCGAGGAAUGUAUAACAAUGGCACUCGGCCGAUAAGAUUUUGCAGGAGCUCCGAAAACUAUCAGCCUCGCUCUCAUCUGAUGGUUUUAUUGUCGACAUGGGAGAGAGCUGGAGGAUGAUUAGCUCGUUGGACUUGAUGUAAACAUUCGAGCAGACCGCCAGUGUUUGAACUCCAUGCAAAUCAUUUCUUGGGUCAAUGAAUAAUACUAUUCGUGGUGUAUAUGUACAUUGAACCUGUAUCGACGUAUCUUUGGUCGUAUUGUUUUGUUUUGCGAUUUCGUGCUUGCGUACGUCAUUUAUAACUUUCCUCCUCGCGAUUCGUACACACAAGUUGCACACAUAAGCAGAUAAUAGAGAGGAGGUACUGGCAGCAGCCGAGUUAUCCGUUAUCGAGCUGCAGCAGCUGCAGUGUAUAGAGAGAGAAUACACAAGAUAUAUACGGAGAGAAGCGAGGAAGAGGAAGGAGGAGGAAGAGAAGAGAGUGAGAGGAGCACGGCACAAGUACACAUACAUAGCAGCCUGAAGAGAGGAUAUAAUAUAUAACGUAGAAGCAAAGCAGCAGCCGUGAGAAAAUGGCUGCGUUCUUGGCUGGACUGCCGGUCUUGGACGGGCGCAGCCUCAGGAUCUUUUUCCUCGUGUUCGUCGUCAGGACUUUAUAUGUGUCGGCGCUAAAGUGUUACUGCGAUGGCCACUGUCCGGACGAAAAGCAGAACGGGACGUGCGAGGUGCCCGCGGGUGGCUACUGCUUCAGCUCGGUCGAGGAGGUCUGGGACGUGGAGCUCGAGGAGUCCGGGCCCGAGUGGUCGUACGGCUGCCUCGCCCCCGACGAGCCGGGCAUGAUGCAGUGCAAGGGCUACAUGGCUAAGAAACACCCUCGUAAAAAAAUUGUCUGCUGCAAUAGCGACCACUGCAACAGGGACCUCCUGCCUAGGUACAACGCCAACACGACCGUACCUCCGGAUCAGAGGACCCUGCCAUCCGGGGCGCCCCUCGUCAUACUCGCGGCCACCCUCUCGGUCUGUCUGAUCGUUUUUACCCUCGUGAUAGUCCUCGUCCUCGUUUACCACCGCUACAGGCGCAAGGAGCGCGAGCCCUGCCUCGUCUCGUCGCAGGGCACCCUCAAGGAUCUCAUCGAGCAGAGCAGUGGUUCCGGUUCUGGGCUGCCGCUGCUCGUCCAGCGCACCAUUGCCAAGCAACUCCAGUUGUCCCAGUGCGUUGGCAAAGGCCGAUACGGCGAGGUCUGGUUGGCACGUUGGCGCGGCGAGAAGGUCGCGGUCAAGGUCUUCUUCACCCUCGAGGAGGCGUCCUGGUUCCGGGAGACCGAGAUCUACCAGACGAUGCUCAUGCGCCAUGAGAACAUACUUGGUUUCAUAGCCGCGGAUAUAAAGGGUACCGGCUCCUGGACUCAGAUGCUCCUCAUCACCGAUUACCAUGAGCGCGGCUCGUUGCACGAUUACCUUCAAACGACGGUGCUCGACCAUCCGAGUUUGUUGGCCAUUUGUUUGUCCAUCGCCUCGGGCAUCGUUCACCUGCACACCGAGAUAUUUGGCACUCGGGGCAAACCGGCCAUCGCCCACAGGGACAUCAAAAGCAAGAACAUUCUUGUUAAGAAGAACGGCGAGUGCGCCAUCGCGGACUUUGGCCUGGCAGUGCGCUACCUCAGUGAAACUGGAGAAAUCGACAUAGCGCCGAAUCCGCGGGUCGGAACCCGAAGGUACAUGGCUCCGGAGGUGCUCGACGAGACGCUGAACGCUUCGUCGUUUGAUGCCUUCAAGAUGGCAGAUAUGUACUCGGUCGGGCUCGUUCUCUGGGAGGUUUGCAGAAGGUGCGCCUCGGGUGGUAAGGUGUCAACGGCCGAGCCCUACGUGGUGCCGUAUCACGACGUCGUCCCGAGCGAUCCCGACUUCGAGGAGAUGAGACUUGCCGUUUGCGUCAAAAGGCUACGUCCGACCAUCCCAACGAGAUGGGAGACUGACCCCAUCCUGGCAUCUAUGAGCAAACUCAUGUCCGAGUGUUGGCACACGAAUCCGGCCGUACGCUUGACAGCUCUGCGCGUCAAGAAGACAAUGUCGAAGCUGCACAUCGACAACGCCAUCAAGAUCGUGUAGUGUGUGUGUGCCAUCGUCGUUUGACGGAUCUAUAAUUGUUGAACUAUUGACUCACAGUCCUUUUGCUUACCCCCAAUUGUACAUAAAUCCCCUUGCUCCUCUGUACCCCACCCAGUGUAAAUAUUUAGGUAAUUGCAGACUGCAGCCGAAGACUGACGAGAACUAAAAAAUUUUUAAUUCUUAUUUACUGUGUUACGAAUGGAUCGAACGAAUGAUUGUUUGCGCGAGAAUAUAUAAUAAAUACGUGUAGUCACGUAAUGGCGCGCAACGUAGUGUUAUUUUUUUUUUUUUUUCUUCAAUUUCAACGGGCCAAAGACUUACGUCGACGUGAGUAUUCUAACAAGCUCUUCGAAUUAUCCUGCAUUAGGUUUUUCUUGUAAAAAUCUAUAUUAAGCACUAGAGUAAUGAUUAUAAUAAUGUUAGUUACUAAUGAUAAUCAAAAGCUUUUAAGAGCUGCCAAGCUAAAUAAUUGUAUAUUCAAUAAUGAUGUGCGCGUGCCGUCAGCUUUGACAUGAUUCAAAUGGAUUUUUUUUUUUUUUUUUUUUUUCUAUAAAGAUAUUGUAAAUUCAUUUGCUACGGCAUUAAAAAAAAAUAUAAUGCUACUAAUUGAUUUCGUUGUACGAAUAACAAAUGCCAUUGGAAAAUGUUCACGAAUCGCACGAUAUUUAUCGUAGAUGUAGCUUUUCAUAUACAGAGAUUUUGCUGAACGAAUUAAAUAGUUACUAUACACCGGCUUACAUCUGUUUUUAAUUGUGCCGUGGACAAUGCCAUGUUUUGAGACUGAUCACGUUGUCAUGCAAAUAAAAAUUUUCUAAUGUUCAUACAAUAAGUCAAGUCAAUGAGAGAAGUAAUAAGAAUAUUAUGUCCUACAUUUCAAGACGCGUGCAAGUGUAUUUUCUGUUGAUGUGUGAAGGAGGAUUUUUCAUCCUUAAUCGAUAUUAUAACUAAACGGCUUUCGAGCGGCUCUGUGUAUCGUAAACUACGCCGUAUAUUUACAUAUAGUAGAUACAUCAUUAAUUUAAUCAUUGUAAUUUUGUACAGAAAUAAGAUACUGAUUCUUUUUUUUCUUGGGAUGUAAAUCGAGUACUUGAGAUUUAAAGCCAAUUUUGUGUUGUGGAUGUACAAUAAUAAUAAUAAUAAUAAUAAUAAUAAUACUUUUUAGACGAGCAUUACAGUAUCAAGUGACAAUAUAUAUACAUCAAAUAAUUAACAUUGACGCUUUCUAUUCUUUUAAAAAGAAAAAAACUGGUUCGUAUGAAAUUUAUCACUGUUACGGCAGUAAGUUGUAAAAAUUUAUAUUAUCAUGUGUCGAUGAUAAUCAAAAAAUUCGUAACAGUCGAAUUGUCCAGCAGUACAAUGCAUAUGAAUGUUUGUUUAAGGCUUUAACAUGCUGCACCUAAGCCAAUUAUUUUUUAAACUAAAAACUAUCUUAACUUUUUAGUGCAAAAAUCAAUUGUAAUUAUCAUAAAUCUGUAUUGUAAACUACGGCUAAAAAACCGUUUGAAAGUAUAGUUAUAAAAUUUAUAUUUUUAACGAAUUCAAACAAAUACAAUCGUAUCCAAAUGGAU